UGCAGUCGCGAGUGUAUAUAAGCGAGUUCCUGGCGACGAGAAAGUCACACAGCUUCACCCGGAGCACUCGGUGUAACAGAUCCUCAGAACCCCAACCGGUCAUCGCCAUGAACUUCAGAGUAGUCUUCGCGCUCCUCUGCCUGUCCACGAUGACGGCAGCCACGAGCACGUUAUUCAGCCUGCUGCCGGCCACCAUUCCCCUCACCUCCUUGCUGCCCUUCCCCCUCGCCCUACCCGUGGCCCUCGUGGCCCCGAUGUCCUGGGCCCUGCCGCUCCUGGUCGGUCUCAAGGGUGCCAGUCUCAUCGGCGUCGGCCUGGGCACCGGCGGCUUCUUUGGUUUCACGCUGGCCGGUCUCGGAGCGGUGGGUGUCAAAGCAGCUUUGGCGAACGCUGCCGCCCUCAAGUUGGCUGGCAUUGGAGCGGCUGCGGUGAAGACGACUGCUGUGGCUGCGGCUGCGGCUGCCGGUGGGAAAGCGGCGGCUAAGGGCGCCAAGGCAGUGGUGUCCAAGGUUGCAGAGAAGAAGGCCCGUUAUGAACCUGUGGUGCCCGCGGUGGCCCCCGUUGUGGCGCCCGUUGUGGCACCCGUUGUCGUGCCCGCCGUGAAGGUCGUCAAGGCUCCCCUGGCCCCAGCGCCGGUAUUCGAGGCUCCCAUCGACCCCUGGAAGUCCGUUGACCCAUGGAAGCCCGUGCCCUACCUGCCGUCCGGCUGGGACCACGCCUGGAGCUACACCCAUCCCCGAUUCGGCUACGGAUACUCCAGGUCCUCCGUGGAGCUGCGCAGGCGCAGGAGGGACGUGGACAGCACGGAAGAGACAGUCGAGGAAACUACCGAUGCCAGCGGCGAUGACGCCACGACCACCGACGCUACGACCAUGGUCAGCCCGAUGGCCCUCAAGGACAUCUUCCAGUAUGUGAGCACGUACGACACAGACCGUUGCGUCCAGAGGGUCGUCUGUGAGCUGGCCGCGCAACCGGACCUGAUCGGCGAGCGAGGAAAGGAAGUCGCCGGCUUCAUGGUAUCUUUGUCUGCCGAAGACGCAAUGGCUCCCUGGAUCCCGUACCGCGAAGCCGCCGUUGUGGGGCAGAAGUCCUCCGACCGCGACUCCUGCUACACGCGCUACCCGACGUGCGAGAAGUCCACUGAGACCCUCGUCGAAAUCGCCAAGGUCCGGCUCAGCGAAGCAUCUGCGCCGACAUCUUUGUAG